AUGGCCAACUCCUCUAUAUCGAAACGCCAGAAACUCUAUUGUAGAGAAGAAACAGUGGGUGCGGAUAGGAUCAGUGAUCUUCCGGAUUGUCUUCUCAUUCACAUCCUUUCAUUCCUCAGAACCAAACAGGCCAUCCAAACUAGCAGGUUGUCAAGUAGGUGGAAACUCCUCUGGACUUACGUCCCAAAACUCAACCUCGACAUUGACAGUUUUUCAAAGUUUGAGUGUGAUAAAGUUGGUUCGAUUAUCAACUUUGAAUGCUAUGUGUCCCAGGUUUUGGCUAAACACAAAGCAAAGUACCUCCGAAAUUUUCGCUUGAAACACAAGUUAUAUCACCAGAAACGUCUUGACAGAUGGAUUUCCACCUUUACUACUUCUGCUCUUAACCUCCAGGAACUUGAUCUCCAGAUUUUCAAUUUUCCUACUCCUACUCCUGCUACUCCUACUCCUACUGACUUCUUUUGGAAGUUGCCACAUAGCAUAUUCUAUUGCAACAAAUUAGUAGUUCUGAAAAUAGAAGGGCACAUUGUUCUCGAUCCUUCGUCUUCAUCAUCCUUUCAACUCAACACACUGAAGAUACUGCGUCUUGAAAGUAUUACUUUCGCAAAUCGCGACUCUUUCGUGACACUCCUCUCUUUUUGCCCAGUCCUUGAAGAUUUGACCUUGAUAAUAUAUGAUUAUAAGGAAUUCAAUUUUAAAAUUUGUGUACCUACUUUGAAAAGAUUAAGUGUCUCCUAUCUAAAUAACGAACUCAAAAUAGACACCCCAUCUCUUGAGUACUUUGAUUUUGAGUGUCAACGCAGCUAUGGUUCGAUUUGUCCAACCAGGUUCCAGAAUUUGGUCUGCCUGGUUUUCAAAUAUAAUGGGCAUAACUUGAGUGUGCUAAAGGCGUUGCUCCUACUGGCUCCUAAUCUACGAGUUGUUUUAGUUGAUAAGUCACUUGUAGCCACUGUGGAAAAGCUUAUUAGGCAGAAUCAAGAGAUGAUGCAGUGGCUGCAACAGGAAGGUAAUCGCCCAGAGACCAAUAGGGACGAUGAGGGGGAUAGUCACAGGAGGUGA